AUGUCGGGAGCGUGCCGUGUCACGGCAUUUUGUUUCGCUUCUACUCAUAUCAUCACAAGAUCAGAAGAGCGAUCGGCUAAAACAAGGUUCAUAUGGAGAUGGCGCGUUCAAUGGCGCGCUUCACGCUCUGCUGUGAACCGGCUUACUUGCACCGCGACCUCACCGUCGUCGCCCAAAACACCAACAACCUCUGCAGACGGGCACGCGCGGGACGGAACAGCGGGCCUGGAACCCUUGCGCGUCUACGACCCGGAAGUGUACCAGAUUCUCGAGAAGGAGAAAGAACGGCAACGGAGAGGACUCGAACUUAUCGCAUCGGAGAACUUCACCUCCGCCGCAGUGAUGGAAGCACUCGGAUCUGCCUUCACCAAUAAGUAUUCAGAAGGUUAUCCUGGUCGCAGAUAUUAUGGUGGAAACAUGUAUAUCGAUGAAGUUGAGCGGCUAUGUCAGGAACGCGCACUCGCCGCGUUCUCCCUGUCGCCAACCGACUGGGGCGUCAACGUACAGCCGUACUCAGGGUCACCGGCCAACUUUGCAGUCUAUACGGCGCUGCUGAAUCCGCACGAUCGUAUCAUGGGCCUCGAUCUUCCUUCCGGCGGACAUCUAACCCAUGGUUUUUACACGGCGAAGAAGCGCGUUUCGGCGACCUCGAUCUACUUCGAGUCGCUGCCGUACCGAGUGAAUGAAACCACUGGUUACAUCGACUAUGAUGCGCUGGAGAAACAAGCCGCACUCUUCCGACCAAAGCUGUUGAUCGCUGGGGGCAGUGCGUAUGCACGCGAGUGGGAUUACGCACGUUUCCGGCAGAUAGCUGACCAGAGCGGCGCGUACCUCUUGGUCGAUAUGGCACACAUCAGCGGACUUGUAGCGACCGGCGAAGCACAAUCACCGUUCCCCUAUGCAGACGUUGUGACGACGACGACGCACAAGUCGCUGCGAGGCCCCCGAGCUGGAAUGAUUUUUUAUCGCCGGUCAGCGCUGGCAGAAAUAGCACCGCGUGGUGCCGACCUCGAGCAGCGCAUUCAGGAAGCGGUAUUUCCGGCUUUACAGGGUGGUCCACACAACCACCAAAUCGCUGCCUUGGCGGUGCAGUUACGCGAGGUACAAACGCCCGCCUUUCGAGCAUACGCCAAGCAAAUUCGACGGAAUGCACAGGCCCUGGCCCGACGUCUUGUACAACACGGGUAUGAUUUGGUGACCGGUGGCACGGAGAAUCAUCUGGUACUGUGGGACCUCCGACCGAUCGGAAUCACGGGAAGCAAGAUGGAAAAGUUAUGUGAAUACGUGAGCAUUACACUGAACAAAAAUGCAGUACCCGGUGAUACCAGCGCCCUGAACCCAGGUGGCGUUCGGAUCGGCACGCCAGCGCUGACGACUCGCGGUUUUCGUGAGGCGGAUUUCGAAAAGGUUGCAGACUUUCUGGAUUCAUGUGUGCGGAUUGCACUCCGGAUCCAGGAACAAAGCGGUAAGAAGCUUAAUGACUUUGUCGCAAUGCUUCCAGACGAUCCAGAGGUGCAAGCGCUCCGUGAAAGCGUGGAGCGCUUUGCGAGCACCUUUCCUAUGCCUGGUCGCUGA